AACUUCCCACAUCACUCACCCACUUCAAAACAGAUUUGUAACAGAAACUCACAGUCCAAUAAUAAUACCCAAAAAUAAAAUUAAAUAAAUAGAAAAAUCAAUCCACUAUAUCAACUGAUACGGGUGUGGAUGAAUCUGGUGGGUCGGACUCAUGUUUUGGAUCCAGAAAUAUGACUACCAUUUCACUUGUUGGAUGGCCCUACUACACGUGUUUAUAAUCAAUGGUUAUCAAAUGCUACAUAGAUUUGAGGGUAAAACGAGAUGUGUUUUGGAAAUCUAGCAUUUCUCUUAAAUAAAUUAGGAUCCAAAAUGGAUCACACCAUAUUCGAACCCGUUUUACAGUCAAAGAAGGAUCAGUUAGAUGAUAGUGAAACAGAAACCAACACGCUUAUAACGAUCGAGCAAAGUCGUUAUGUCAACGUGCGGUUUUACGGUUCACACCAACAACAACUCCUCCUCCUCCUCCUCCUCCUCUUCUCCAUAAAACCGUUACCAUCAAGUAUUUAUAUCUACACAUCCUGUGUGAAUUCAAUUGAUCGGGGACGAUUAGAAUGGUGAGUGAGAUCAACGGCGGCGAUCGAGUCAAGGGCUCGUGGUCCCCACAUGAGGACGCCACGCUUAUCAAACUGGUGGAGCAACACGGCCCCAGGAAUUGGUCCAUGAUUGGCGCGGGAAUUCCCGGCCGCUCCGGUAAGUCAUGUCGUCUGCGGUGGUGCAACCAGCUGAGUCCGGAGGUGCAGCACCGGUCGUUUACGCCGGAGGAGGACGCGAUGAUUGUCAAGGCCCAUGCCUUACACGGCAACAAGUGGGCCACCAUAGCUCGACUUCUCCCCGGGCGGACGGACAAUGCUAUAAAGAAUCACUGGAACUCCACACUGCGUCGGAACCGCGGCGAUCGGAUGUCUUCGGCGUCGUCUGAGUCCAGUUCCGCCAUGAAGCGUCCGAGUUUAGAGGUUUCUGUUGAGUCGGAGCCCGAGUCGGGAGUGAAAAGGCAGUGCUCAAGUGCGUCGUCGACGCAGAAGCAGAAAGUUUGCAGCGGUGAUGCAGUAAUUGAGGGGCCAGAGACUUUAUUGACUCUAUCACUGCCAGGGGAGACUGUUAUUUCUGUGGAGGAAGAGGAGGCUGCGGCGGCGGCAGGGGAGAAUGGUGAGAACAAUGAAGAGGAGCGCGUGAUGGAGGAUGACAAGGAGAGAAGUGAAGGGGAAAUGGAGGAGAUUUGCUUGUUAACGGUUAUGCAACGUAUCAUAGCAGAUGAGGUGAAAAGUUACGUUGAUAAAUUGAGAGGCCAAAAUGGGAUUGAGCCCAUCGUUAAAAAUUCGGCCCAAGAAGCCCAUGAAUCACUCAAGAAGUACUGAAUUGAGUUUUCAGUCAGGGUGUUUUAAUUAUGAGAAAUUUUAUUUAUACACCACAAAAGUAUUAA